GCCCCGCGAGACCGCGACCAGACGCGCCAUGCGCCAAGCGGCCAGUGACAGCGCUUGACAGCCCGGUGACAGCAGUGACAGUUUGACAGUGCAACAAUGACAGUGCGGGCGUGCGUCGUAGUGUUCGCGUUGGUGUUUGGCCCAGUUUGCGGGCAGGAUGAGUCGUUCGCGAGCUCGCUGUUGUCCGGUCUCCUGGACACGCUGGACACGCAGGUGGACGCGAAGAACUGCCCCGGGGUGUGUAUGCACGCGCUCGCCUCCCUCAUCUGCUCCAACGUGCUGGAGGAGGUCGAGUGCCCCAAGCCCAGCAUGAAGUGCUGCUUCGAUGAACCACUAGGGAACGAUACGAUGAUAACGACACGGCGUCCCUUCACCACCCGCUACACCACCACCGAGUCCGAUGACGAAGACGAAGAAGAGACCACCACCACAACAGUGGCGCCACACGACGCGUACAAAGACAGUGGUAACAUCGCGUGUCCUGGUGUUUGCGUGGAGACGAGCCUAACGCAGUACUGCAUCUCGUACCUGACGUCGAAGAACCUGUGUACGGAAGGGCGGUUGUGUUGCGUGUCCAAGGACGGAUACGGGGAUAAACCGCCCGCCGACCUGGUCGUGCCCAACGAGAAGAAACACGCCACUAAGAGGCCCACUACUGCGCUAACAACGGUACCUCCGCGGAAGCCUGGCCGCCGCUGCCAGGGCGACUGCAUCAGCGGACUGUUCGCGCUGCUGUGCGACCAGGUGGAUGAGGAUGCUACCUGUCCUGCUGACGGCACCUGCUGCAUCACCGACGCCAAACAGGAGACCACCACACGACGACCAGCUCCUACUACUGUCAGGACUACUACACCGGCGCCGCUACGUCGUUGCCCGGGGCGCUGCAUGCUGACCAUCAUGGUAGCGUUCUGCGAGCACCCCGCCACGCUGCUUCCCAACACCGAGUGCAAGGCGAGCGGUCGAGUCUGCUGCGACGACUCACACGUACCCAAGCGCACCAAGCGGCCGCCUACUACUACCACCACGACAACGACGGCGGCACCCGCAGACCCGCGCCUCGACUGCCCCGGCUCCUGCAUCGUGCCCUAUCUGUCCUUCACCUGUUUCCGUAAUGCCGAAAUGACGGACGUGUUCAAGUGCAAAAAGUCAGGCACUCAGUGCUGCGCGCCCAAAUCAAGAGUGCAGGAGGCGCUGGGUGGGCGCAACGACACGCGCGCCCCGCCCGCCCCCGCGCCGCCCGCGCCCCGCCCGCCCCCCACCACGCCCGCAACUAUCUAUGAGCCCAGCUACGGAUCAACAUUGAAGAUUCCCGAAAAAUACAACAAAUACGUAUGCGGUGUGAAAGGCACUGUAUCCGGUGCGGGUACAGGCGACCAGGACACAGAGAGCGGGGUACUCGCGUUACCCGGCGAGUCUGGCCGCGUCGCCCGUAUGAUAGGCGGUGCUGACGGAGCCCCGGGCCGCGUGGGCCGCGUGAUGGGAGGCGCCGACGGAGCCCGAGGGGAGUGGUGCUGGCAGGUGGCGCUCAUCAACUCGCUCAACCAGUACCUGUGUGGUGCUGCACUCAUCGGUACACAGUGGGUACUCACCGCCGCGCACUGCGUCACUAACAUCGUCCGGUCCGGGGAGCCGAUAUUCGUCCGCGUCGGAGACCACGAUCUGACCCGAAAGUACGGGUCACCGGGCGCGCAGACGUUACGCGUGGCCACCACCUACAUACACCACAACCACAACAGCCAGACCCUCGACAACGACAUCGCGCUACUCAAGCUGCUCGGCAAGGCGGAGCUGAAGGAAGGCGUAUGUCUGGUAUGCCUGCCGGCACGAGGAGUGAGUCAUGCAGCGGGCAAGCGGUGCACCGUCACCGGAUACGGAUACAUGGGGGAAACCGGCCCGAUACCGCUGCGCGUGCGCGAGGCCGAACUACCUAUAGUGAGUGACGCUGAGUGCAUCCGCAAAGUGAACGCCGUCACCGAGAAGAUAUUCAUCCUGCCUGCCAGCUCCUUCUGCGCCGGCGGGGAGGAGGGCAACGACGCCUGCCAGGGCGACGGCGGUGGCCCCCUCGUGUGCCAGGACGACGGUUUCUACGAGCUGGUGGGUCUGGUGUCGUGGGGCUUCGGCUGCGGCCGGCGCGACGUGCCCGGCGUCUACGUGAAGGUGUCCGCCUUCAUAGGCUGGAUCAACCAGAUCAUAUCCGUCAACAACCUAUAGCUGAUUGACUGGGCUACAUCCUGAAUGGAGACUUAGAGCUUCAUCGGGCGGAUCU